GGCCGUGCCGCCGUGGUCGCCGCUAUCGCCGGCUCGCCGCGACGCCAGCCGGGAAAGGAAACCAUGGGCCACGGAGCACGCCUAGCCGAAACCGUGAACCCGCCGAACCCGGCCAAUCCAGCAAUUAGUAGGAGUACUUCCUGGCGUGUCACACAUCAUACGGAGUACAGCCAGCACUAGACAGCGGCGGCGAAGGCAGUACACAGCACAGAGGACACGCGGACAGAAAGCCGCAAAGCGCCACGGCGCACGGGACCUUCCAAAGGCAGUCGCAGAGUUCCGCAGAAGGCAGAGAGACAGACAGAGACUGCUCCCCUUCCCCAGCCAACCAGUUUUUCCCAACGCUCCUCCCCGUCUACCGACUACCGAGACCUAGAGCGACAACAAUCACAGCACAAGGCGAAAAAACCAGCGCGGUUCACAAGGCAAGGAGAGGAAAGAGCAGCCGCGCCGGCCGCUGGCUGGGUGUUUUUUUUUUCUUCCAGCUGGCUGUGGUCCGGCGCACGCGCAGCGCAUGGCGUCGUCGCGGGUGAUGGCGUCGUCGUCCCAGCCGGAGCCCGCGGGCGCCUCGGACCUCGCGCGCUUCAGGAGCAGCAGCGGCAUCGGAUCCAUGAACAUGGACGACAUCCUCCGCAACAUAUACGGCCCGGAGGACGCCGCCGCGGCGGCCAGCGCCGGCGCCGGCGGGAGGGCAGUGGAGCCCUCCCCCGCGCCCCCGGAGGCGACCGCCCGGCGGACGGCAGAGGAGGUGUGGAAGGAGAUCUCCGCCUCCGGAGGGCUCUCCGCCCCUGCUCCCGCUUCCGCUCCCGCCGCCGGCACCGGCGCAACCGGCGGCGGCGGCGCGGCCGAGAUGACGCUGGAGGAUUUCCUGGCGAGGGACACCGGCGCUAGGGCUGCAGGGGUUGAGGGGAACAUGGCGCUGGGGUUCCCUGAUGGUGAUGGGGUGGGGAGCAUAGUGGGGGGAGGCAGCGGGAGGAGCAGGAAGCGAGCGCCGAUAGAUCCCACGGACCGCGUGGUUAUGCAGCGGCAGAAGCGUAUGAUCAAGAACCGCGAGUCCGCCGCCAGGUCCAGGGACAGGAAACAGGCUUAUGUCUCUGAGCUGGAAUCACAGGUCACGCAGCUAGAGAAGGAGCAAUCAGAACUGUUAAAAGAGCAGGAGGAGCGAAACCAAAAGAGACUUAAGGAGCUGAUGGAAAAAGCCAUCCCUGCCAUACGGAAAAUACCGUUACAAGAUAUUAGGAGAACCAACUCCAUGGAAUGGUAGAAAUGACCCAAGCUCUGUUGUUGUUCUCUUAGAAGUUACAUAAUUUCUUGUUUUGUUCUAUAUUUCUGUUUUCCUAGCUUUCUUUGGCAGCUAUUUAGGAAUAGCUGAAGACAUUUUAGGUAACAUGAAAACUGUUGUAGGGGAGGGAUUGUGCGUGAUCAAGAAGUCAAGCCAUUCAGAUUUGAUGCGUGGAUCUGUUGGCAGCUCGAUUGUCUGUUUUAUUGUCAAUGUGACGUGUGUUGUAUAAACAAGAAUGAGUUGGUUUACCUGAAGGGUGCACAAAAAAAGACCUCAUUACAAAGGCAUCUAUUUGUACA